ACAAACUAUAAUGCCAACCUUUACAAACUAGACAAACAAACAUUACAAAGCCAAUUAGAUUGUUUUUUAGGCAUAAAAAAUAGGGCAAUGUCUAUUUUUUACCCAAACCUUUUCAAAAUUCUUUUAUUUUACCCAAACCUAUCAAAAUUCUAUUUAUUAUCCUAACGUUAAGUUUCCAUUAACAGUUCCGUUAGUUAAAACGGAGCGGGGAAAAAAAGUGCCGAUGUGGCAAUAAAUUAAUUUUUUUAUUAUGCCACAUUAUUCUCUAAAAACCAUUUAUUAUUUUAGGGAAAACAUAAAAAUUAUGCCACAUCAUUGCGGCUACCAUAAGCCCCAAAUUACCCAUCGACAAAAAAACCCUGCUUCUAGGAUUGCCCUCCCCUCCAAAAAGGGACCCAAAAAUUCCAAAACUUGGUGCAAAUGAUUCCAAAAGCGCAUCUGGACGGCGCUGAAACGAGAAGCAACAGUGACGACGAGAAAUCAACUUCCGACGGGGGAUACGACAGCGAAGAUUACGGUAAUGAUCUGUCUAGGUCAGAAUCGAAAUGCUCGGAUGAGGAUGAGCCUGAAUUGGAUCGAGGAUACAAGAAGGGAGACAUCGGUGAAGCUAAUGGCAGCGCCUUUUGCGAUUCCAGAUUGAUGAGAAGAGAAGACGAGGAGCAGAUGAAGACGUCGACCUCAAGCCCUCGCUGCCAAACCCGUCGUCGACACCAUCACCGCGAAACCCGCCGUCGUUGGAGCUUCGUCUUCGACUAGAUCUAGAACGGCGCUCAGAACCCUCAAGCCCUCGCUGCGAAACCGCCAUCGCUACCAAAACUAGCAUCGCUAGAGCUUAAUCUUCGAAGAGAUCUAGAUCGACGCUUCUAUGCUUGAUUUGGCUUGGCCAGGAUCCAGAUCGUGCUUUUUCGAUUUCUGGAAGAAGAGGAAGGAAAAGGGAAGGUAGAGAGAGGAAGAGGAUCGGGAAAAAGAGAGUCGAGAGGCAGAGAGAGUAAAGGAACAAAAAUAAAUAAUUGAUAUUUUUUAUUAUUUUAUUUGUAGUUUCAAAUUUUUUAUGAUUUUUUAUUCUAUUAAUUUCAGACGUGUAUGCUGACGUGGAGUUCCGUUAAGAAAUAAGUAACGGUAAC